UAUCUGUGAUAGUGAAUCCAAAAAUAAUGGUUUUUCAAGAACCCUGACAUCUUCAAAACACAAAACCUACUGACGUUAUUCCCCAUUAAUAAGAAUCUCAAUUCUCAUUUUCAAUUAAAAUAGAAAAAUUUUAAAUUAUACGAUGGAACAAUGACCAAUUCCGUCAUGCCUGUAUCGACGGUAUACGACGGUUUUGCAACCAUCCGCAGACCUAGAAUAGGUCCUCCAAGAAAUCCACCACGACCUCCUUCCUUAGCCAGCGUUCCGGAAGAUUCUACGGGAAUCUCGCAAGUUGUUAACGGUUUUACUACCUUAAACGGACACUACAGACACUCCACGGGUUCUGGAAACGGCCUAAAUGGCUUUCACAGCUACAAUGAAUUAAGGAAUACUUUGAAUGGUUUCCACAGCAAGUCACUGGAAAUGAAAAAUGGUCUGAACGGCUUCCACAGUAAGUCCACAGAUUUUAGGAAUGGUUUUAAUGGGUUCCAUUACACCGACAAGGAUGCUGUUAAUGGUUUGAAUGGAAGUUGUGGUUGCGUUUCGCCUGUUGGUAAUCCUAGUGUUCCUUGGUGGGAAUUGGCGACGAGGAAGAGUAGGUACAAGUCUUGUCCAAGCCUAGAAAUUAAUGCUCAUGUGGUAUCGGCGUUUGAGCAGAGCCUCACUUCUAUGACUCAAAGGCUUCAGCAUUUAACGGCCACCUCCGAGAAAAAGGAAUCAGAACUCCAAGAACUCCGCCAAGCCAUGGAGGCUUUACGCGCUCAAUCCAUCCAAGCAGGCAUCGGAUCCACUUUGGCGCGACAACCUUCCUCCGACAGCGUCUCGAGUCUCUCAUCCGCCUGUAGCCUAGACAAGCACGACAAGAAGAAGAAGAAAGGCUGGUUGCGAAGUUCGUUCACGAAAGCCUUUUCACGUAACGCUAAAGUCACCAAAGUGCAAUGCCAAAGUGACGCCACCGAGGAAAGAACUCACAGUCCGCCCCCUCCUCCGCCCACCGAUCCUGGCUUGGAGGUCGUCGAGCUUCAGAAGCAACUCCGAGAGAAAGACUUGGUCUUGACUGAUAUUCGACUCGAGGCGUUGAGCUCAGCCCAUCAGUUGGAGAGUUUGAAGGAUACGGUUAUGAAAAUGAGAAGUGAAAUGUUAAGCUUGAAGCAAAAUAACGAACGUCUGCAGAGAAUGGUAAGCGGCACGACGAAUCUGCCUACCGAUUUGACAGAUACUAGAAGCAGCAGUAGCAUAGACGCCUUAAGUGACCUCAUACCUACCGAAGAACCGACGCAAGAAGUGGAAACUGACGGCAAACGAAUCACGAUAUCGGUCUAUUUAGGACAACCACAGAGUUUUGAAAAUGACGCCAUAGCUAGCUACAAAUUAGGCGAAGCUGAACGCAAGCCCGAUUCCGGUCCACCUGAUCUGCUUCCUGUUGGUUACGCGAUAGGAAGAGUGGCAACGUUGCACGUAGUCCUACAACCAGUAGCAGCCUUAGCCUUUGAAGCCUUAAUUCCGAAAGGAGUAGCCCAAAGAUUAGUUUCACUAUUAGCUGAACAUAGGAGGCUAGUUUUAUGUGGAGCCCCGGGAACUGGUAAGACACAUUUAGCUACUAGAUUAGCUGAAUUCCAUGCCCAAAGCCUGGGUAGAGAUCCCGCAGAAGCUGUUGCAACAUUUAAUGUAGACAAUAAAUCCGGAAAAGAACUUCGCCAAUACCUUACUCAUCUCAGCGAACAAGCUGCAGCAGGUGAUAACAGCGUCCUUCCAUGUGUAGUAGUAUUAGACAACCUCCACAAAGCGGGAACACUCGCCGACGCACUAGGUUCCUUACCUCGCAAUCUGCCGUGCCUCCUAGGAACUAUGGCUCAAAGCGCUUGCUCAGCGACCAGUUUACAACUUCAACACGGCUUCAGAUGGGUCUUGGUCGCCCCUCACAUGGAACCAGCUAGGGGACUACUAGGAAGAGUUCUAAGAAGACGGUUGGCCACUUUGGAGCUGGAACAAGGACCGCAACCGGAAUUAGCUGCUAUAUUAGGUUGGUUGCCGAGAAUCUGGCAACAUCUGAAUGCGUUUUUGGAGACCCAUAGCAGCGGAGAUGUAGCAAUUGGUCCUAGAUUGUUUUUAAGUUGUCCCCUAGAGCUAGAUGCAGCACGGGCUUGGUUCGCCGACGUAUGGAACUACUCCCUAGCUCCAUAUCUUCGGGAAGCCGCUCGAGAAGGUCUUCAGCUGUACGGUCGUCGCGCGCCCUGGACUGACCCCACGCAAUUCGUCCUCGAGACGUACCCGUGGCCAGGUUCGCCGCCGCAAGGGCUCACCACAAUUUCCGCCAAAGACGUAGGGCUCGAAGUCGGACCUUCGGCGCAAUCCGAAAACGAAGGAGAUCCCCUUCUCAACAUGCUGAUGAGGCUGCAGGAAGCCGCCAAUUAUUCUAGUCCCCACUCUAACGAUUCGGACUGCAACAGUCUGGACUCGAAUUUGACGCAUGGAAGUAAUUUAGGGACUGAAAGUGUGUCGUAAUGCUAAAACUAUUAAAAUUUAAAAACGUUGAUAUUUAUAACAGAAUAAUCGAGAACAGUGGCAUUUAAGUAAGUUUUACGUUAACAUAGAUUAGCUAAAAUAUUUCGCAAAAUGAUUUAAAAGAAUCUUGAAAAGUCGAAUCCAAAUUUUUAUUCGUAUCAAAAAGGAUUGUUUGCUUCAUGAGACCACUAUCGUUACUUUAAAUAAGGGAAAUCUUCGAGACUAGAAUUAAAAGUACUAAAAGAAGACGAACAAUACAAGGAAUUAACCUUCAAAUAAAAAAAUAUGGAAAGAUGAAUGAAAAAUUGUAACAGAGUAAUAAAAGCAUGAGGAUAAUUCGUUCAAUAUCGCAGAACAAAAAAUAGAAAACGAUCUACAAAAUAGCAGCAAAACAGGAAUUAGAAUCAACCCGAAAUGUCUACUCAGUACUUUUGGUGAAAUGUGUGUGGGAAACUUUUUUAAAGUG